AAGGAGGCAGAUCAGCUGAAGCAGGACCUGCAGGAAGCCCGUGAGGCAGAGCGAAGAGCCAAGCAAAAGCUCCUGGAAAUCACCACCAAGCCCACAUACCCGCCCAUGAACCCAAUUCCAGCACCGUUGCCUCCCGACAUACCAAGCUUCAACCUCAUUGGUGACAGCCUGUCUUUCGACUUCAAGGAUACUGACAUGAAGCGGCUUUCCAUGGAGAUAGAGAAAGAAAAAGUGGAGUACAUGGAGAAGAGCAAGCAUUUGCAGGAGCAGCUCAAUGAGCUCAAGACUGAGAUCGAGGCCCUGAAACUCAAAGAGAGGGAGACAGCCUUGGAUAUUCUGCACAACGAAAACUCCGACCGGGGUGGCACCAGCAGCAAGCACAAUACCAUCAAAAAGGUACCGAGUCUCCUGUCCUUCGCUGAUCAGGACAGUCAUUAAUGAAAUGUGAGGUUG